AUGUCUGCAGCUCCAACCUCCCGAGCCAUCCUCCGUCAAUCCAAAUUUCUCCUGCGGCGAAACAAUUUCAGACAAGCUUCCACCACCUCGGAGGCCGCCUCUAAAGCACAAGAAACCGGUAAACAGGUUGCUUCCAAAGCUUCGGAGGGUCUCAGCCGAGUUUCCAGCUCUGCCGGGGCGGUAAUCUCCCGGGUCGGCUCGUCUGCAUAUGGCGCACUAGGAAGAGUGGGCGGAAGAACAGGAAAGGUCAUCUCCUUCGUUGAAUCGUUAAUACCACCUACCAUCUACUAUUCUCGUGUGGGAUUUGAGCUUGGAAAGAUUGUGUUCAAGGGUCAAAAAAUGACGCCUCCCACGAUUGCCGAAUUCCAGUCUUAUUUCCAACCUCUGAUCAAUGUUUUCCGAAACCCUCGCGCGAUCAUGUCCAGUAGCAGCUCUGUCACCAGCUCUUUCAACGCCGAAUCCAUUCGGCGCACCAUCCGCAACCUUAACACCAAGCAAUUAGCUACUGCCGGCAUCGUUUUCGCCGAAAUUCUCGGCUUCUUUACGGUGGGUGAAAUGGUUGGACGGAUGAAGAUCGUCGGAUAUCACGGCGAACCUCAACAUGGACAUUAG